AUGUCUGGUAGCCGAACUCACACCAAAAACCCAGAGCGGGUCGCCUCUGGCCUUAAAGCGACAAUCCACAACCCCAACGUCUCGGAAGGCGCCAAGCAGCGAGCCCGCGACCGCCUUUCCGAAUUGAACAUCGACCCAGAAGCACCCCGAUCUGCUCAAAAGGCUGCAGACACGGAAGUUGCUUCCUCAGUGUCCCCCCUCUCGUCCGAGUCACCCGCUCCGGUUUCAAGGGGUACCAAGAACCGAUAUACGUCUUUGGUAGAGGAGUAUGUCGAAGAGGACGAGGAAGAGUUGGUAGGGACACCAGUGGCUGGCACUCACGUUGUCGAGGAGGAAGAGCUCGAGGAUUCGUUCUCGAACGCUGGGAGUCGGGUUGGCUCUCAGGCCCCCAGAGAGAUCACGCCUAUUGAGGAUACAGAGACAGGACAUAGAGUUCUGGGAGGGUACAAGGCCACCAUGCACAACCCUCGAGUCUCUGAGAAGGCCAAGGACCAUGCGAAGAGGAUUUUGGAAGAGUAUGAUGCAUUGUAA